GCGGAAUAACACCACUUAACGCGAUCACCAGUUAAACUGUAACACCGGAAGUAGUUAGCAAUAAGCAACAGUUAGCUUUGCGUUUGAUGUUGUGAUUAAAGGACGCCGGAAAGCAAAAUGUCGGAGCAAACGAUAACUAUGACAGUCGCAUACGGAUCCUCUAAGCACAGCAUUACCGUAACAGGCCAUGAGGGUGGAAAAGGACCCACUGUUAAAGACCUGUCAGAUGCUCUCGCUCAAGCCACCGGAGUCCCACCUGCCUCUCAGAAACUUAUUUUUAAAGGGAAGUCACUGAAAGACAUGGAAGAGAGCCUUUCCAGCUAUGGAAUAAAAGAAGGCUGCAAACUCAUGAUGAUUGGAAAGAGGAACAGCCCAGAGGAAGAAGCUGAACUGAGGAAACUCAAAGACAUUGAGAAAUCUGUGGAGCAGAUGGCCAAGAAGCUGGAGAAGGUAGACGGGGAGUUGACUGGACUGAAAAACGGCUUUCUCGCCAAAGACCUCCAGGCAGAGGCCUUGGGUAAACUAGACCACAGAGUAAAAAUAGCAGCUGAGCAGUUCAUGAAGAUCCUGGAGGAGAUAGAUGCUAUGAAUAUUCCAGAAAAUUUCAAUGACUGCAGAAUGAAGAAAAAAGGACUUGUAAAAACAGUGCAGGAUUUCCUCGCCCAGUGCGACAAGAUCGAGGCUUGUAUAUCAGACCAUCUAUCAAAGAUCCAGUCAAAAAACCUGGCUUUGGCAGAAUAGUGAAGUCUCUUUUGUCACUUGUUCUAUACAUUGCUCUGUGAGCAAUGACAAAGUGUGCAGAAAGCUUCAAGUGUGAAGCAGAUCCUGGUUUAUUUAUUGCUGGUGUGAAGCAAAUGAUCAAGUGGAAAGAAGGAUGCUGGUUAUCAGGAAUGAUGUUGGAUACGUAACACAAGCAAAUCCUCCUGGUUCAAGACAGAUACGAAGUGCCGUCUGAGAAACUUUAACCAUGAACUUGCAGGAAAUGGAUCAGAUGCAAUUUUAAUUAGUUAAAAGAGAUGUCAAUGCCAAAUAUCUAAAAAUGCCCCGUUUGUUGCCCUGUAUGUCUCUAAAACAUAAUGAGUUUUGUUCCUCAUUGUGCACAAGCUGCAGUGAAUGAUUUAUGAUCAGAAAUAUAUAGACACACUGUUUAAUUGGGGAAGUUCCAAAAAGCAAUAUCCACUCAGGAUA